CAAAGUUAGGAGAAACUUAAGCCCCGCCCCGCUCGGUUCGGAUUGGAUGAGGCGCGUGUUAUUAUCUUACAGUACUCCGUAGAGGAGUUAAACAGCAGCAUGUUCUAAGCAUCCGAUCUCUCACUGUACACUAAAAACCGAGAGAAACUCGUGCAUGGCUCCAGUCAUCACCAUGACUUCUACUGGUUUUAAAGCUGAAGAUCAUUCCCGUGUGAUUUUAGGAGAUAAAGGAGAGAUGCAUACCAGCAUCGGUGUGGAGGAGGACGAAGAGAAACCGAAGAUUCUCCCGUUCAGCGUCGAGGCUCUGAUGGCAGAACGGAGACCGAGCUCCUCCACCGGAGCGGAUCCGGUGCGGACCGGUGCUCGCGUGGCCUUCUCCGUUGACGUCCUGAAGCUGUCGGAGGAGUCGGAGCAGAGCGCGUGGACGCAUCACCUCUCUCCCCGGCGUCUCAGUCCUCCAGCGUGUCCUCUGAGAAAACACAAAACCAACCGAAAGCCUCGGACCCCGUUCAGUACGUCACAGCUGCUGGCGCUGGAGAGGAAGUUCCGUCAGAAACAGUAUCUGUCCAUCGCAGAACGGGCCGAGUUCUCCAGCUCGCUGAACCUGACCGAGACUCAGGUGAAGAUCUGGUUCCAGAACAGACGAGCUAAAGCCAAGCGGCUCCAGGAGGCCGAGCUGGAGAAGAUAAAACUGGCCUCUAAACCGAUGCUUCCUCCCGCCUUCGGCUUUUCAUUUCCCGUCGGUGCUCACGCUCCGGCUUCAUACACGGGAUCACAUCCGUUUCACAGACACUCGGUGAGCGUGACUCCGGUGGGACUGUACACACACAUGGGAUACAGCAUGUACCAUUUAGCUUAGAGGACGAUCCAGUGCAUCUGAAGGGACUUUCUCUGCAUCUUCAGCAAUUCUGUUCCAACAAAAUUGGACAUUUACUUUAAUGGUGGCAUUUAACACGGCCUGUACUUUCAGAGAGAGUUAUGAAAAUGGAUUUGGUCAAAGGUAGGUCAGGAGAAAAGAGUCUGUAUCUCACAGUUGCAUUCGUAGCAAUGCGUUCAUGAUCCAAAAUCUCCAUAGAAUUUUAAAAAUAAACAACACUGACUGUUGUUUAAAUGAUUCCCUUCGAAAGGGAUCUGAAAUGUAAAAUAUUGUACAUUUGGACAAAAAUACCAUUUAUAUGAUGAAUAUAUUUGUUAAAUAAAUUAACAGCAAAUGGUC